GCCUGUAAGCAGUCUGUCUGGCACCGUUGCGGGCGAACGAUCACACGAUACAAUAAUAUUAUUAUUAUAUUCUAUUCGGGUCGGCUCAGUGUACACAAACGACGUAGCAGUGUUAUUUUCGAGCUGUAUAUCUACUGAACUCCGUCGACGACACCAACCACCCGAUAUCAACAUGACCUACUAUACGACUAGGUGCACUCCCACGGUCCGCCCGGCACCCGAUUUCGAUGCCGAAGCCGACGCAGCCGUCCUUAGAACAGCCAUGAAAGGAUUUGGUACUGACGAGCAAGCCAUCAUCGACGUGCUGGCAAGACGGUCCAAUACUCAGAGACAGGAGAUCAAAGAAGCUUUCAAGACACUCUAUGGAAAGGAUUUAAUCGACGAUCUGAAGAGCGAACUCGGUGGGAACUUCGAGAACGCUAUUGUCGCUCUGAUGACCCCGCUUCCUGAGUUUUAUGCCAAGGAGUUGAAAGACGCCAUCAGUGGUGUGGGCACCGACGAAGAGGCUAUUGCCGAAAUCUUGGGCACGCUCAGCAAUUUCGGAGUCCGCACAAUUUCCGCUGUCUACGAAAAACAAUACGGAAACUCGUUGGAAGACGAUUUGAAAUCCGAUACUUCUGGAUCUUUCCAGAGAUUGUUGGUGUCUUUGUGCUGUGCCAAUCGCGAUGAAGACGUGGAAGUCGAUCGUAGCGCCGCGGUUGCGGAUGCUCAGGCUCUUAUCGAUGCAGGCGAAGCUCAAUGGGGCACGGACGAGUCAACCUUCAAUUCGAUUUUGGCCACUCGUUCUUAUCCACAGCUUAGAGCCAUUUUUGAAGAGUACGAGAACCUCUCUGGCAAGGACAUCGUGGAGACCAUCAAGAGCGAAACUUCCGGCGCCCUGGAACACGGUUUCUUGACCAUUGUGAAAAGUGCCAAGAAGAAAAGCGACUACUAUGCCGACCAAUUGGAAGCCUCAAUGGCUGGCUUCGGCACUAGCGACCGUCAGCUGAUUAGGAUCAUCGUUGGCAGAUCCGAAAUCGAUUUGGGAGACAUAAAGCAGUCCUACGAGAACAUUUACGGUACUCCGUUGGCCGACAGAAUCGCCAGCGAUUGUGGUUCAGAUUACAAAAAUUUGCUAAUCACACUUGUGUCGCAAUAAUAUGCUUUUAAAAAGAAAGGCUCUUUCAUUCCACCGUCAUCGUGGACGCGCACAGAUUACUCAACUGACUAUAGUACUACUAUCUACUACAACAUCAACUGCAACUACUAAACUAUUACGUUUUUUUAGUACAUAUUUUUGUGUCACAAAAUGUUGAAAUUGUCUUUCUAUAUAAAUGUAAUGUAAUAAAUUUAAUUUAUUUUUUUAAUUAAUAUUAUGUCCACUGUUAAAGUUUUGCAUACAGCUAUUCAAAAUACGAUUUCUUCGCGCCACCGUAGAGAAAGAAUUUAUACAAUCAUAGAACACUUUAUUUUAUAUAAUAAAAUAUUAUACUAAUAUAUUAUAUAUUAUAUACUAUACAGUUAUAUUAUAUUGUUAGCUAUGCAUUAUUAUUCUGACAUAUUUUCCUAAUUAUUAUUAAUUUUUAUUAAUAUAUUAUACUUAAUUAUAUAAAAUUAUUGCUAAAUAAAAUAUUUUGUUUUCGC